UGUCUGGUAAGACAAUGGCACCUUUAUCAUUAUCUUAACUCUAGCUAGCAGCAACUGUAAUAUAAAUUAAUUUAUAUUCAGACUGAAGCUAAAAAUUUGUUUAAAAUUUAGAUAAGAGCAGUUAUGAGGACAUGAAAGCAGAGCUAUCUGAAGUGAAUUGUCAAAUUAGGUUAAAGAAUAGGUCAAUGGAGAUAGAGUGGCAGAUAUUUAAGGGGAUAUUUUGGAAUACACAGAAUAGAUACAUUUUCAUAAAUCAGAAGAAUUCAAAGGGAACAAACCACCAUCCGUGGUUAACUAGAAAUGUUAAUGAUUGUAUCAAACUAAAAGAAAAAAGCAUAUAAUUGUACAAAGAUAGAUGGCAGGUCAGAAGGUUAGACAGAAUAUAAAAGCAGCAAAGAAUGACCAAGAUAUUAACAAAGAGAAAAAAGUUACAGCACGAGAGAAAGCUAAACAGAAAUACAGCUGGUUUUGCUAUUAUCUGUCUAUCAUUAAUGUGAAUUGGCUAUAACUUGAUUGAUGAAUAUGGAACGCUGUUUCUAAAACACGCAUUUGUAAAACGCAUGUUGGCUGUAACUCAAUUACAGCACCGACACUUUAAGUGUUAUUUUAUUGCACGCUUUUUAUGUAGCUCGGGAUUGCACAAUAAUGCAACUAUCUCAUUACAGAAGAAAGGGUUAUUUAAGAAUAGGUAGUAAGAGUUCUGAUAAAAAUUUUAAAACAUGGUGAAUGUUGGUCUUGUUGAAAGUGCAACUUGAGAAUUAGUAAUGGAAAAUAAGAAAAUGGCAAAGGAAUUGAGCAGAUCUUUCACAUCUGUCUUGACUAUAAAGGAGACAUGUCAUAUCCCAGUAAAUCAGGAAGUAGAAGAGAGGGUGGAACUCAGGAAAAUCAUAAACAUCAGAGAAGUGGUACGGAAUAAAUUGUUGGAGCUGUAGGCUGACAAGUGCCCAGGUCUUCAGGAAUUAAUCUUAGAGUAAAAUGAAUUAAAAGAAGUAGCUAGUGAGAUAGUUGAUGCUUCGAUUUUAACUUUUUAAAACCCCUUUGAUCUUAAGAUGAUCCCAUUAGGUUGGAGGAUAGAAAAAAAGGGAGGGAGACUGGAAGUAGAAACCAACAGAUCAGUUAGCUUGAUCUCUGAUACAAGGAAAAUGUUGAAAGUUAUUAUUAAGGAAGCUAGAAAGGGCACUUGGAUAAUUUAAAGGUAUUCAGGCAGUGUCAACAUGGUUUUGUGAAAGGGAAAUUAUAUUUGACCAGUUUUCGAAUUCUUUGAGGAGGUAACACUGUUUAUGGAUAAAGGGAAAUUGAUGGAUGUAUUUAGAUUUCCUAAUGGUAAUGGAUAAGGUGCCACAUUAAAGGUUACUGCUAAAAACAAAAGCUAUGGUGGAGCGGGUAGCGUGCUGGCAUGGAUGGACAAUUGUGUACAACAGGAAGCAGAGGCUUUGUGUCACAGUAUCUGCCGCUGGAAGCUUCAAUCAUUGGACAGCAGGUGUCUCCUGGGACCAAUCGCAAACAGGAGAGAACAUGACGAGAAGUUUUAGGGAAGGCAGGCAGCUGGAACUUUGGAAUAACAGAGAGCAGAGACGAAGGAAGCGAAGCACCGAGACUUGUCCAAAACACCUGUAUCAGGAUACAAAAACAUCAUUUUGCUGCAAAAAGUGCCCUGCAGGUUUCUAUGUAACCAGGUCAUGUGAAAACAAUGGUGAGAUGCCAAUUUGCCAGAGGUGCCCAAAGGAUACUUAUCUCGCUUUUGAGAAUUACAACAGCAAGUGUCAGAGCUGUACCCUAUGUGAUAAAGAGUUCCAAAUUGUUCUUCAUAACUGCACCACUGUUAGUAACACAGUGUGUGGCUGCCAACCCCACCAAUACAAGCAAUGUCACCAUGUCAACUGUCUGAGCUUCUACUGUCAGAAUUGUUCCAAAUGCAGCAACAGGCUCAUCACUAAAAACUGUUCGAAUAAUUCCGAUACUCACUGUGGAGAUUGUCUACCAGGAUUUUACAAGCAUGGCAACCAGUGCAAAGCCCAUACAGAGGUGCCAUGUAAGAAUGACUCCUCCAGCAACUAUUCAAGCUGUACAACUCCAGAAGCACCUUUGGAACACACAGGAUCGAGCCUUUUUCUGAUUUUGGCGAUUGUGGGCUGUCUCUUCAUUCUGUUUGCGAUGCUUCAGUUUUUGCACCCGAAAUUUCGAAGUGAGAGGUGUCCUGACACACCAGAGAUUCCAACUAUCACAGUUUCUGAAGAAGUCAAGACGAUAAAGAACGAAGACAAGAACAUUGCCUUUCAGAUUCCGGAUGGGAAAUCUGACAUCAUUGUCGAUGUCAUGACCCAACCACUGGCAAACUGCAACAUCUACGGGACCAGUCCUCAGACAACACUGGUUCAACCUGAGACACAAGCAGCUCUGACCCUAGAUGGAAAGACUUUGUACGAGAUCAUCAAUGUGGUGCCAGUGCGGAGGUGGAAAGAGUUGAUGCGGUUAUUAGAGCUGAGGGACUGUGAUAUCGAGCGGAUCGAGAUGGAUGUUGCUCAGUCCCGUGACCAGCAAUACGAAAUGCUGCGACAAUGGAGCCAGCAACAGAUGGCCUCAAUGGAGUCGGUGUACCAGGCCUUAGAGAGCAUGAACCUCUCCGGGGUGGUGGAAGAACUUCAGACCAAACUGCUCCACAAAACUAACUCAUCACGUUAAGCGUCACACAGCCAAAACUCAGGACAACAGAGGCUUGGAUUUACAAAUUCAUCACAGCCGGUUUCUAGGUCUGUCUUGAAGCCGAGCAUUAUCAGAGCUGGCUAACUACUGGGGCAGUGCCUUAGCACUUUCAGCAUUGUCAUCUGAUUUUACAAGAUCCAAGGAGCCCCCAAAGUCCCCUUGGAUCUCUGGGGCAGACAGGCACUGAGUUCAAGCAGCCUCUGUUACUGACCUCUGUCAGCUUCUUCCAUAGAGAGACGUCCAACUACAGCACAGGCCUUGAGAAUCGAGCAGUAUUGGGAGGCUGUUCCCUAUGGGGCUGGGGGACAGAUCCGUUUUGGAGGCCUAUUUAUCAACUUUCUACUUUUGACCCUGUCCUUGAAGCUGGAAUGUCAUGUGGACAGGUCAUUGGGUGACAGCGAAAAUGAUGGGGUGAGGGUCAGGGUGUUGUGAGACAAGAAAGUGAACAAUUUGAUGUACAACGUAUCAGAAUUAUUUUGUACAUAAGUCUGUGUUAUUAAAUAUGUUUAUAAUCAUGAAGCAAGUUCCAAAUCCAAUUAACUCCCACAGGAGCUCAUUACGUUAAAUAUUCCAGCCUCAAGUGGUCAGUGAGGAACUGGGGAACUCUGGUUAUUACUUAAUACAACACUUGCCCUUCACAACCUCAUGAUGUUGCUAAGUGCCAUGCGGCCAAUCAACUAUUUCUUUGAAUUUUUAUAACGUAAGAAACCUGCCACCCAACUUACACAAUUCAGAGCCUACAAAUUCUGGACAAUUUCUUCGAGGCAGUCCAUGAAUAAAUAUUGACAAGGAUGUGACAAAACAUUUCCCUGCUUUUCUGAGAAAAAUACUCAGGGCAGCUUUGACCGUGACCCAGUAAGGUAGGCAGGCAGGAUAACAGUCCAACAUUGCAUGUCCCUUGGCGCUGGAUGGCCCUUAUCUGCUCAUUUCUGAUGUCGCAAUCAGCCCAUAACAUUCUGACUCAAGAGCUGUCAUAAACUGAACCAGAGCUGCCACCUGCUUUCAAUGUUCAGAAUUACACAUUAUUGGGUGAUGGUAAAUAUUAAUGAAAAACUGAUGCUGUCAGAGAUAUGUACUACUGGAUAGGUCUCACCACAAGGAGGUAUAUGGUACUACGUCCCAGUCCUGCACCUAGGGUUUUUUAAAAUUUAUCCUUUUAUUCCUUGGUGCCCUGCCACACGAUGUGAGUGUUUGAGGCAAUGGUGCAACAAU